GAGACUGGACUCGUCUCUACUCGUGAUUCACGAAUUAAGCUCGGAAGAAUACUUGAAUUAUGUGAUUGAUAUCAAUUUAUCCGAAUCACGAAAAUUUAAUUUACAAUCUAUAAAAGCAGAUUUGG